UUAAAUUCAAAGAAACCAUUAAUUACUAACCCCAUUCCUGUUACUAUUGAUGAAGAACAAAUACAAUCAGCAGAAAGUUCAAUGAAGAAGGAAGAGCUGAUAUUGGUAAUCGAGUCAUUAAUUGGAACUUUAAAUGAUGCUAAUAAGCCACAAUUUAAAGGGUUAAAGUCUAAAAGAAAAGAUGAAUUAUUAGUUAUUCUACAACAA